AGAGCACACCCUGCGGAGACGCGUAAUCGGUCGGUGCGUACUAGGAAGCCGAGUAGAGGCCGUCGCUCUGUACGGUAAUCGGCCGCGGUAAGGGCGCAAACGGCUGGAGAAGUUUUUACUAGGGCUGAACCAAGAGGACCCUUUUCACAAACACAUUGAGAAAUGACAGCAGUUCAGAAAUGACAGUACUCCCUCCGUUAACUUUUUGAAUAAAGAUGUUCUGGUUCCAGAGCUGGACACUGCAGCUAGCAAAAUAUUCCUCACGUCCACUGCAAAGACUAUUGUGUGAAGCUGUUCGCAAUUUACCAGUGUUAACAUUAUUCACCAAGAAACCAUGUCCCUUAUGUGAUGAAGCCAAAGCAGUGCUAGAGCCAUAUAAACAUAAGUUUAUUUUGCAGGAAGUGGACAUUACCCUUCCAGAUCAAAUGGCCUGGUAUGAAAGGUACAAAAAUGACAUACCAGUCUUUCAUUUGAAUGGGCAUUUUCUGAUGAAGCAUCGUGUGGAUAUAGAAAAAUUGGAGAAGCAGUUAUUGAACAUCGAGUUGCAAGUUGGUGGCAAGAGGUGAAAGAAAUGAAUGGGUUGCAAGCAGUGCAUAAAUAAUUUUGUGCUGCUUUCCAAAUAAGUAUAAUAUUAGAAUUGUAAGAAGUAAAUGAAGACGCAACUUUACAUGUUUAAAUUGAUUUUGUGAUGAUGAUGAAGCUCAUCAGACUGCAUAGCAAGGCCCCUUCUAUUUGGCUUAUUACCUGCUUUUCACCCCCUCUCUCCCCCAUGCUAAUGUAGGGGGGGGCAGAAAAUUGUAUUAUGGCACCAUAUAAAUGUUAGAUUUUAUGGAUCAGGAUUUUAGAUUAACUUAUUUUAUAUGUAUUUUAUACAAAUUUGUUGUGCACCUCCCUGAGCCUGCUUGUGAGGAAGGUGGUAUAGAAGCUUAAUGAAAUAAAUAAAUAAAUUUACUC